CAUACCUUCGCAAUUCAUUCCUCCCCUUCCUCUGCCCUUGGCUCCAUGCCUUCCAUGUCUCCAACUACAGCCCUCAUCCGUGUCAUGUAGAAUGGUGCAGAGAAUUCUGCUUGGUCCAACGAGCAUUGUGAAGAUUCGCUAACGUAGGGAGUCCACGCGGAGCCAAGGGCAUUCGUCCUUCCCCCCUCUGCAAGCACCACCAUGUCGUCGCCGUCGUCAUCGCGCACCAUCUGGUGCCAUCAGUGUGCGACCGUCUCCUCCGUCGCCCGGCCUCCCUUCGCCGCCGUCAUGGGCGACCCGCGCUGCCCGGCGUGCGGAGGCGGUUUCGUCGAGGAGCUCCCCGCGCCCGCGCUCGCCGUUGACGCCGCUCACCCCUCUGCGCACGCCGACCCUCGUUCGACGACGCGUGGGCGGACAUGCGCGCCGUGCUCGAGCAGCAUUCCGACCGCCUGCGCGCCGAGCCGGGGUCAUCGCGGUCGUCGUCGCCCGACAUCGGCGGGAGCCAUGCCAUUGCGCGCCACUGGGGGGCCGCUGAACCGCUGCCUUUCGCCCCGUCGCCCUCCGCGUCCCCAUCCCCACCCUCUAGCGGCGACGCCGCCAGCCCUCCCACCCGCACACGCCGCUCCCCUCGUCGUCUUAGCGACGCCUCUCGCCGCCUCGUGCUAGACUCGCUCGAUUCACUCGACGACGUGCUUCCGCUGGGCUCGCAGCAUCGCACGAGUGGUCGCAGGGAGUCGCCCAGCGGCGUGUUCGGCGACUACGGCGACGGCGAGGACGGCUUGGCGCGCUUUCUGCGCGACAUGGCGGAGGAGUCGUCGUUCCUGGAGGCGGCGACCGCGCAGUUGAGGUCGCGGAGGAGAGACGAGCGCGACGAGCAGAGGGCGGGCAGCGACCUUGAGAACACGGAAGACGCCAUGGCGCCACGCUCGGUGGCGUCACAGUCCGAGGCGGGGGCGGGGGCAGCGUUGGGUGGGGCUGGCGAGUUCUCGGGGUCGCAGGGCGACUUCUUCCUCGGGGGCGACUUCAGUGCGCUCGUGGACCGCAUUGCCACUGCGCACCCCGCCACCGACGCCAACCCUCACACACCGGCCUCACGCGCGGCAGUGCAGGCCAUGCCGCUGCGCAUCGUGCGCGAGGCGGACGUGGCGGCGGGCAUGGCGGCGUGCGCGGUGUGCCACGAGGAGAUGGAGGCGGGGGCCGUGACGCAGCAGAUGCCGUGCCGCCACGCCUACCACUCCGACUGCAUCCUGCCCUGGCUCGCCCAAACCAACUCCUGCCCCGUCUGCCGCUUCCGCCUGCCCACCCAGGCCGAGGCGGAUGCGGGCGCCGCGCGCCCCGGGGCUGGUGGACCGGGGAUGAGCGCGCAGAGGAGCGAGGGGAGCGGGGGCAGCAGGGCUUGGGAGGGCGGAGUGGCGGCAGUGGUGGCAGCAGCAGGGAUGGGGAGUGGGGGUGGCGUGGAGAGCAGCAGACAAGGCAUGUUGGGCAUGCGGCGUCAUGGCAUGCGGCGUCGUCCUUGUCGUCCUUGCUGCAUCGGCGCAUCCAUGCCGCCACCCCCCUGCCCUGGCACCACGACCACCCUGCUCACCACCACUCCCAACCCCACCGUGCUGCGCCCUCUCUCUCCUUUGAAGGCGUUGCAUCGCUGCCUCCGCUGCUCGCUGGCUCGCCUCGUCCUCCUCUGCACGCCCAUCGUCUGGAGCCACAGGGACGCGGCAGGGGGGCAUGGGGCAGGGGGCAUGGGGCAGGGGGGCAUGGGGCAGGGGGCAUGGGGCAGGGGGGCAUGGGGGCAGGGGGGCAUGGGGGAGGCGGGAACACAGCAGAGUGGGACGGCAGUGGGCGGUGAGGGCAGCAGGCAAAGGACAGGCCUGAGGCAGAUGCAGGUGGAGGGUGGUGUGGGGGGUGCGGGGGAGAGGGGGAGAGAGUGGGGGGUGGGGGAGGGGCAUGUGGGGGAAGCGAGUGCGAGGAGGGGUGGCAGCGAGGCUCGGGGUGUCAGUGAGGCGAUGAGGCGAGCAGUGGGGUCGUCGUGGGAGGCGUAUCUGAUGAGGCAGCGCGCCCGGCAGCUGGGGGGGGGGAGGCUGGUGGCGGGAGGCAGGUGGGCGAGAGGGGAGUGGCAGGUGGGGCACGGUGCAAUGGAGGGGAUGAGGGAGGAUGUUGUGCAGGGGAGGGGACGCACGGACGGCAGGGGCGAGGGGAGAGGAGGCGGCGAGCAAGGGCCGUGUGGGGGAGGGGCGGAGGCCAGGGAGGGGCCUGCAGGAGCAGCUGCUGGUGAAUCGGCAGUGCAGCGUCGCGAUCUGAUUGGUGCAGAAAGGGGCACGCACCUCCACGGGCCACCAGGGGGCAGUGUGGGGCGCACAGGGGCAAGGGUGGACAAGAGGCGAGAGAGGGAAGUGGGGGGGGGGAGAGUAGAGGGUGGAGGGCGACAAAGCACUGUCAGUGACCUGUCCACCCACUCACACUCCUCCACAUCCCUCUCUUCCCUGCUUUCUGUGACGCCCACUCGGGAUGUGCAGGAGCCCACUCGGGAUGUGCAGGAGCCCACUCGGGAUGUGCAGGAGCCCACUCGGGAUGUUCAGGAGCCCACUCGGGAUGUGGAGGAGCCCACUCGGGAUGUGCAGGAGCCCACUCGGGAUGUGCAGGAGCCCACUCGGGAUGUGCAGGAGCCCACUCGGGAUGUGCAGAAACCCACUCGGGAUGUGCAGGAGCCCACUCGGGAUGUUCAGGAGCCCACUCGGGAUGUGGAGGAGCCCACUCGGGAUGUGCAGGAGCCCACUCGGGAUGUGCAGGAGCCCACUCGGGAUGUGCAGGAGCCCACUCGGUAUGUGCAGGAGCCCACUCGGGAUGUGGAGGAGCCCACUCGGGAUGUGCAGGAGCCCACUCGGGAUGUGCAGGAGCCCACUCGGGAUGUGGAGGAGCCCAC